GACCCGACGUGACGUAGCGCUCUGUAAAUCUCGCUUGAGACAGCCUGCUUAUUAAACGUUCAAAGGGCUUACGACACGUACAUUCCAGCGGCAAGCAUGUUGCGUUUCACUAAGGCAUUGAGGGCCUCUGUACAAACAGGGCUUCGAUUUCAGCAUACCAGUCCUCAUGAAGCUACAGGAUCAACGAAAUCUGCUUCUGUUGGGUAUAGUUUUGAGUUAAGUGAGCAGCAGAAAGAAUUCAGAGAUACAGCCAGAAAAUUUGCCAGAGAAGAGAUUAUUCCUGCAGCACCCCACUAUGACAAAACUGGAGAGUAUCCUGUGCCCCUUAUCAAGAGAGCUUGGGAACUGGGUCUGAUGAACUCUCACAUUCCUGAACAUUGUGGUGGUCUUGGUCUUGGGAUUUUUGAUGCAUGCCUUAUAACCGAGGAGUUGGCUUAUGGUUGCACAGGUGUUCAGACUGCUAUAGAAGGAAAUUCUUUGGGACAAAUGCCAGUCAUCAUUGCAGGGAAUGAUGUUCAGCAGAAGAAGUACUUGGGAAGAAUGUCAGAAGAACCUCUAAUGUGUGCUUACUGUGUCACUGAGCCGGGUGCUGGUUCUGAUGUUGCUGGCAUUAAAACAAGGGCAGAGAAAAAAGGAAAUGAGUAUAUUAUCAAUGGACAGAAGAUGUGGAUUACAAAUGGUGGUGUGGCUAACUGGUAUUUCCUCUUGGCUCGCACAGACCCUGAUCCCAAAGCCCCAGCCAACAAAGCUUUUACUGGUUUUAUAAUUGAUGCUGACACACCUGGAGUUCAGCCUGGUCGAAAGGAAAUAAAUAUGGGUCAAAGAUGUUCGGAUACAAGAGGAAUUACAUUUGAAGAUGUUAGAGUACCAAAAGAAAAUAUUCUGAUUGGAGAGGGAGCUGGCUUCAAAAUUGCCAUGGGAGCCUUUGAUAAAACAAGACCUCCUGUUGCUGCAGGAGCCACUGGAUUAGCUCAAAGAGCUUUGGAAGAGGCAACCAAAUAUGCAUUGGAAAGGAAAACAUUUGGGAAAGUGCUAGCACAUCAUCAGGCAGUCUCAUUCAUCCUGGCAGAAAUGGCAAUGAAAGUGGAACUGGCAAGAAUGGCUUACCAGAGAGCUGCUUGGGAAGUCGAUGAAGGAAGAAGGAACACAUAUUUUGCUUCUAUUGCUAAAGCAUUUGCUGGAGAUAUUGCAAACCAAGUAGCUAGUGAUGCAGUUCAGGUGUUUGGUGGAAAUGGAUUCAAUAGUGAAUACCCUGUUGAGAAGCUAAUGAGAGAUGCUAAAAUAUAUCAGAUCUAUGAAGGAACAGCCCAGAUACAGAGAAUCAUUAUUGCACGUGAGCACUUGGCAAAGUACACUGUAUGAAAAGACUUUGAGAUCUGCAAGCUUUACACCAGUUCAUGAUUGAUUCACUGACAAUGCUUUGACAAUUUGGAUUGUAUUCAUAACUAGGUUGGAUUGUGAUUACCAUGUAGUGCCUACUUUGUAUAACCUUGGGAUAGUGGCAUUAAUGAAGCACAUUUAAACACUGAUUACCUUUAUUAUUAACAUUCAUCAAAAGGAAACAUGUAAGAAGGGAAUAUUUAUAAACAACAUUGACGUCCGGGUCAUUUGUGUUUAUGGUAGGAACUCUGGAUUGCACAAGAUAUCCAAAGAUUUGUUUCAGGUCUGGUUGAAAAUAUAAAAUUUCUAUUGUGCUUAUGUGUACUUACUCUUCCUUAAAUGGUCUCCAUCUAAACAUAUUGCCUUUUUGUUGUAAAUCUAGAAGAGCAAUUAUCCUUAAGCAACAUUAAACUUUCUUAUGAGUAAUGUAUAAAAACUUUGUUACAGUAUUGUUAACUGAAAAACAAAGUUCAUAAUUGCCUCUUAAACAGUUUAAUAAACAUAAUAUACAGUUUAAA